AUGGCCGUCUUAUCUCCGCGACACGUCGUGUGCGUCGCGUUGGGCCUCUUCGCAAGCCUCGCCAACGCCACGAAGAGCUCUCGGGCCCAGAACCGCACGGCUGCCGACUGCCCCGACUACAACAAGUAUGCGCAGGAGCCGCACGCGCCGUACUCGGACGGACCUCUAAAACUCCCUUACAUGAGGCCCAGCGAGGAGUGUCGCACCUUCAAGAGUCCAGCUGUCGAGAAAGUUAUUGAGGACAUGAAGGCGCGUCUCAAGAACCCGGAUCUGGCGCGCCUUUUUGAGAAUACAUUCCCUUCAACCCUCGACACUACUGUCAAGUACUUUGACCCGACCGCGAAUCUGGCGUUCAUCAUCACGGGUGAUAUCACUGCACAAUGGCUUCGAGACACUGGCAACCAGUUUGCUCAUCUGUACAAGCUUCUGCCCCAGGACGAAAAUUUGAGGAACCUCGUCAAGGCGGUUAUCAAUACGGAAGCGCGAUACAUUUACCAAUUCCCUUAUUGCGGGUCCUUCCAGCCCCCGCCCGAAAGCGGUCUGAAACCUAGCCACAACGACUAUGCCGACAAUGUUCGAAUCAACCCCCCGGUUGACAACCAAACCGUCUUCGAGUGCAAGUAUGAGUUGGAUUCUCUCGCCGGCUUCCUCAAGAUUAGUCGCUCCUACUACGAGAAUACUCAUGACUCCUCUUUUAUAAAUGACAACUGGAGGAAAGCGAUGCAGACGAUUCUAGAGCUUCUACGCGAUCAGUCUCAGAGCUCGUGGUCCGAAGAUUGGGAGUUUGUCAGUUACUAUAACUGGACUGGUACCGCGGGUUCACUGUCCCCGCCCGUAACCAACGGAGGCAAUGGAGAGCCAAAACUUGCCAAUGGCCUGGUCGGAUCAAGCCACCGCCCAUCGGACGACCUCUGCGUCUUCAACUUCAUCACAUCGGACAAUGCCAUGGUCUCAGUGGAGCUCGACCUUGUGGCGGACGUGCUAGAAAAGAUUGGCGCGGAGAAGAAGCUGGCUUGUCAUGCCCGACGCUUCUCUGGCAUCAUCAAGAAGGCUGUUUGGGACAACACUCGUACAAGCAACGGUAUUUUCGCUUACGAGACCAACGGCUAUGGCGGCAUGUACAUUAUGGAUGACGCCAACGUGCCCAGCUUGCUCUCACUCCCGUACCUUGGCUUCUUGCCACGCAACGAUUCAACUUACAUCAAGACAAAGGAUGCUAUGCUCUCGCGCAUGAACCCGUACUACGCGGAGGGCGAAAAGUUCAAGGGCGUUGGUGGACCUCAUGUCAACGCAACAUAUCCAUGGCCCAUGUCGCAAGUAUCUGCGAUUUUUGGCACAGACGAUGACGAAGAGAUCACUGAGCGUUUGGCACUCAUCAUGGAAAAUACAUCUGGCCUCGGCCUCAUUCACGAGAGCAUUCACAUCUACAACGUGAGCGACUACACUCGCCCUUGGUUCGCCUGGGCCAAUAGCUACUUUGCCGAAAUGGUGCUCGACCUAGCAGAGCGCAAGCCAAGCCUCAUUUUCGAGAAGGACGAGGCUUAUGUAAUUGGGGAAUAA